GGGGCGGAUGUUGGCCCAUGGGAAGAAGAUGCCCAAGCAUGAGGGAGCGGCACUGCUGAUGACGUAUCUUGGUGUGGCCCAACAUGAGGCUGAGAAGAUCUGCAACCAGGAGUACGGUGGAUACAUUAGCUACCCCAGACUGAGGGACUUCUAUACCUCGUACCUUGGUAGGGCCAACGUAUUGGCGGGUACGGAGGAUCCUGAGGAGGUUGAGGAGCUGGAGAGGGUCAGGACAUACUGCGUCCGGUGUUACCUUCUGUACUUGGUCGGAUGCUUGUUGUUUGGCGAUAGAAGCAACAAGCGCAUCGAGCUGAUAUAUUUGACGACCAUGGCGGACGGCUACGCAGGGAUGCGUAAUUAUUCCUGGGGAGCUAUGACCCUCGCCUACCUAUACGGCGAGUUGGCGGAUGCAUGUAGGCCUGGACACAGAGCGCUUGGGGGGAGCGUGACACUGCUCACUGCAUGGUUUUUGGCGCAUUUUCUAGGGUUUUUCAGUGUUGAAGCGAGGUGGAAGCUCCAGAAGGGUCAUGGGGAGGGGAUCACGUAUCGGUCACUGCUCGAUCGUAUAUAG